AUGGCGAGGAAAGGGCCCAAGGUAGCGGCCAUAUGGAGGAGGAGAGGGUUAUCCUUGUCGAGAAAGGAUGAUGCUGCGGAUUCAAGUGGGGGAACCACAUCGUUAGCAGAUAAGGGGCAUUUCGUUGUGUACACCACCAACAAGACGCGUUUUGUGGUUCCCAUGUUGUAUCUCAACAACCCCAUCUUCAAGGAGCUCUUAAUAAUGUCCACAGAUGAGUUCGGAUUAACAUAUGUUGGGCCUAUAAUAGUGCCAUGCCCUGCAAACUUCAUGGAGAACAUUCUCUCAUUAAUUGGGAGAAGUGAUUCGAAGGAUGUAGACAAAGCAUUACUUGAUUCCAUUGCAACCAGCGGGUCCUCAUUAUCUGCCUUGCUACAUUCAGCACUGAACAGCCAGCAAGUACUCCUUACUGGCUUCUAA